UCCAAUCCACUUUAGUUGCAAUUCUCAGUCGUUGCAAGCCACUUGGAAUCGACAGUUUAUAGUUCAGCUUAAAAAAAAAUGAAGUUCCUGGCCACGUUAUCCCUUAUUUGUGUUCUAAUGGGCCUUGCCCAAGGACAAUCCGAUAUAAUCUGUUCCUUGGAAGCCUUGCCUGUGGGAACGUGUGUUAACAGGAUUGUAGGGUAUACCUAUUCGAGAUUUAGGGAUCGGUGCACCAACUAUGAAACCAGGGGAUGUGAAGUUAGGGGAAAUUAUUUCGCCAACCGAGAUGUUUGUGAAGCCAAAUGCAAGCGUCAGCUAACAUUUAGAGAAGCCCCAUUCUCAUUUUUUGUGGAAAGAGCUUUUAACCAGGCUCGCAACAUUUUAUCAAGAAUUUUGAAUUUUUCGUUGUUUUCUAAUUGAUGAAUAAAAGCAUUUCAGCAAAGAAUCUUA